AUAAAUACAUUACAUGCAAAUAAUCUAGUUAGUUUAACAGUGAAACCCAGCACUAAGACAAGACAAGCAUGAAGAUUUCAAUCUUGUUCCUCUUCUGCUUCCUCUCGUUCUUCUCCACAACCCUCACUAGCCCUUUCCUCACCUUCGGAGGAUUUGGAGGAGGACGUUAUGGUAAUGGAGGCUAUGGUAAUGGAGGCUAUGGUAAUGGAGGCUAUGGUAACGGAGGCUAUGGUAACGGAGGUUUUGGUAAUGGAGGUUAUAGACCAGGGGGUGGAGGCGGCAGUUUUUUUAAUCCAGGGUAUGGUGGAGGAUAUGGUGGGGGAAACCAACCAGGUUUUGGCAGCGGAUAUAACAGACCAGGAUUUGGAGGUGGCAGAGAUCGUCCUAAUUUUUACGGAUAAAAAUUAUUCCUUCACAACAAUUUAUAUUUGAAAUUUCAUUUUUUUAUAUUAAAAAUAUGUAGAGCGAUAAAUAAAUCAACUAUGUGUAAUAAAACAUUUGAUUCUAGGUUA